AUGCCAAAAGGUGGAUUACCAGAAGAAAUAUCAAAUAAAGUUCGAAAUCGUGGUGUUGAAUUACAAAUUUUGAUCCAGGAUCUAAAACCUGACACAAGAGCAAACGAAAAGGCAUUAGCAAUCCAGUGUGAUUUAAAGGCCAGUAAUAUUUUUCAUGAUAAUGAAUGUUCUACACCCUAUGCUACUGAUGGACAGACAGACAUUAAUAAAAGACGAACUCACAUUGAAAAGCUAGCCAAAAAUAAAAGAUUAAGUAGUGAUCUAACAUAUGUGGAUAAUGUCCCUAAUACCA